AUGCGAGGAUGGAUCCGGAGUAAAGCUGCCAGAUAUGUCUGUCACCUCAGGCCGCGGCAGCUAAGCACUGUUGCCCCGAGUCCCAGCAAUGUAGAACGGGUCAGCGUAAAGUGCGGCUCUGCGGGCAGUGUCUGUGUUGACUUGCACAACAUUGGCAAGUUGUCGUCCUCGGACCCUCUGCUGAUAUACCUGCCGCCAUUCUCAACGAGUUCGGCCCAGACAGCGCCCGCUAUCCCUGGAUUUCUGAGAAGGUACCCCAUUGCGGCCAUCAAUUACCGAUGGGCUGGCUUCGAUGCCUCGGAGGAAACCGAGUCGGCUCCUGGACCGACUGGAGAGAGCCCGGAUGAGGUUGGCGGUCUGCCUCCACUCUCCUGGCCGGUCCCAGUUCAUGACACACUAAGCGCGUACAGUUGGGUCAUCGACAACUUGACUCCGUCGACUUACACGCGUCGCGAAGCGUACGUCUAUGGCUCUUAUCUGGGUGCGUCCCUGGCCACUUCGCUGGCCUUGACAGAGUCAUAUCCGCAUCAGAGGAUGGCUGUUCGCGGCUGUAUUGCGUACAAUGGAAUCUACAACUGGACCACAUUCCUGCCGGACCAUCAGAUCAACAAACAGUCUGGUGCACGAUCUGCCAACAUUCUGGAAGAGAUCCUAGGACAGCCGACAGACCCGGCGUUCCAGGACCUGAAGCAGCGUGUCUCAACCCUGUUCCGCCAACCGUCCGACUUGUUCGACCCAUUCGCCAGCGCAUGUCUCUUCUUCCAGACUUCCGGGCUCUUGGUCCCCCCAGACUUUGAUUCGCCCGCCGAUCCUGUCAUCGCCAUGCUCCGUGCAGCUGCCGUGCCUACGGAUGGCGCGCAGGAGGCCAUCCAAGCCUUGAUGCAGGUCAUGAGCAACAAGCCGCCCCGGCGAAGCCCUCUGGCCUUCCCACCGCGAAAGUCGACCCUGAAACUGCCCAACACCUUGCUCUUGCACUCACCUGCGCCGUCGGCAGGCUGGCAGGGGAAGACGCAGAGGCGCAAGAAGGUUGUUGGUAACCACUUUAAGACGCAGGCCGAGGACCUUGCGUCGCUGAUGCGCAGAAGUCUCGCGAAACUCGAGCUGAGAGACCGUGCCAAAUGGGAUGAGGACUUCGACGAGUUCGAUGAGAUCGACAAGCGAGUCCAGGUGUACCAUGUCGGGGCAGAUGACAGGACGCUCGAGCUGCUAAGUCAGGGAGAGGUGCUGGUGAAUACUUGGCUUGCAGACAGGCUCGGGAAGAAUUCGUGA